GCGGCAUCGGCGCUUUCAUUCCCCUUAUACUAGUGCUUUGUCCCCGGCGGACUAGUUGACAGGAGCUUCGUCGGCUGCAGUGCAGGCUCCUCCGGGUUGACAAUUCUCAACGCUGCUCGCGUUUUUCGUCUCUUGAGGACGCCCCUUAAACUACUACUCUUACUGCGAAAGAGACAGCCCGACCAGCCAGAGAUACCGCGCAUCAUGGCCACCAAAGCCGCCACCAAGCGAGUAAGUAUCUGAUGUAUCAUGACAGACCCAUUAACGGCCAUGCUAACGGGAAAUCCCGAAUUCUAGCUCACCCGCGAGUACCAAAAUAUCCAAAAGAACCCACCGCCAUACAUUGUUGCACAUCCGUCAGAGUCCAACAUACUAGAAUGGCACUACAUACUUACAGGAGCACCCCAGACACCGUACGAAAAUGGCCAGUACUGGGGUACACUAAUAUUCCCGCCUGAAUAUCCGUUUGCGCCCCCAGCGAUAAGAAUGCACACGCCGAGCGGGCGAUUCAUGCCAUCCACACGAUUGUGCCUGAGUAUAAGCGACUUCCACCCAAAGUCCUUCAACCCGGCGUGGGAGGUGUCGACGAUCCUGAUCGGACUGCUAUCCUUUAUGAACAGCGAGGAGAUGACGACUGGGAGUGUGAGUGCCUCCGAUACCGAGCGCAGGUUAUUCGCCGCGAGGUCAAGGUGGUGGAACUCUACCGGUGGCGGCUCUUAUACAAAAGCCGUUCCUGGCGUCACGUCAACGAUCAAGGGGAUUGCGAACAUCAAGGCCGGAGACGGGGGCAAGAAGUUUCGAGCCGAGUGGCCCGAACUGGACCAGGAGAACUGGAAAUGGAUGAAGGACAGCCGGGUUGAUCUAGCGACGGGACAGAUAUUACCCGACCCUAAUGAAGCCUUGUUAGCCGAGAACAGCAGUAGCGGCAACAGUAGCGCCUGUUCACCUGAGACGAAUGCUCUUCGGCGCAGGCCUGGCGGUGGGAGUGCCACAGGGUUAGGGGUUGUUGUGGAGGGUGGACAGAGGGCGAGAGACGCCGGGGAGAGCUGGUUUCGAAGAAAUAAAGUAUGGAUAUGCAUCGGCCUGGUGCUGGGGUAUGCACUCUUAUCACGACUGUUCGACGACCUCCGGGCCUGGUAGAUCUCAACAUCAGCCGCCCAUCCGGCAAUCUCUCCACACGCACACGCACACACGCACACAACACAUGCCAUUCCUUGGCUUCUGCCCAAUCGACAGACCUCUCCCUCCAUCAGCAGCCUGUCGACACCACUCAUAGCAUUCUUGUUGGGGGCCGGCCGGCUACAUGUGCAGAAGAGGCUACGCCCGCAUCCAUCCACAAAAUAACAAUAACAUACGGAACGGAAAGACAUGAAACAGACCCUGAAGCCUGACUGAUAAACAUCCUCUCUUGGCAGCACGCUUCUGAUAAUUCUUGAUUUUUCAACCCCCCCGGGCGUUGUGGCGCAUCUCGGUCAAGAAGCUGUUUGAAACCAGGGGCCCAUCCCGGCUGCGCAUCAUGUCAAUCCGUCCUUCCGCGGAGUGUAUCCAGCUGUCCGUUAUAUAUGUAUUAACCCAGCCAGGCCAGAGCCGCGUCUGGCUGGCCGCGCCCUGUCCCUCUUUGACAAACUAGUUAAGCUGUCGGUGUCACUUGUUGCUGUAGCUGCAAGACAUCAUCAUCCUGGCGUCCCAUGUAACUUCUUAUAGAUAUAAUAUGUAACUGUUUGAGCUGGUGAAGCCAGAGCUGCUGUUGAUAUCAACCUCCCGCCCAAGCGUAUCCAUCUCCUCGCUGCCUGCCCGGCUGUCUGCCUCCAUCCA